CCCGCUGAACGGGAGACGUCAAGCCAAGGCCUAUGCUGCAGUGGAAGGGGGCGGUCACAGAAAAGCCUAUAUGUUAAUAUUUCCCCCUUUCGUUUUUCUAUGUUUAACAAGCGUUAAAACAAACGCGAAUUAGAGUCGGCGCUUCGCCCCCGCAGCAGGCGCAGCCAGCGGUUCGCUGGGUUUCGUUGGCCAGCCUCGGUUCGCUCUGCAAUGUUAGCUUAACAUGAAGCUAAACGGUUGCGUCACCAUGGAAACGCACUUUGAACCCAUAUGUUCCUGCUCACCAUGACACCCAGUAGAGGAUUCUGGGAUUGAUGCGGCACUCCCCCUGAUGGCCUGGAUUGGGUGUCGGCCAGCCUGCUGAAGCCAUGGGAGGCUGCUGGAGCUGUCUGUACAGAGACACACUGCCAGAAAACCACCCCACCAAGUUCAAGGUGACGAAUGUGGACGAUGAAGGGAACGAGUUGGGCUCGGGAACGAUGGAGCUCACUCAGACCGAGCUCAUCCUGCACACCAGGAAGCGCGACGCCGUUCGGUGGCCCUACCUGUGCCUGCGUCGCUACGGCUACGACUCUAACCUCUUCUCCUUCGAGAGCGGCCGGCGAUGCCAGACGGGGCAGGGAAUCUUUGCGUUCAAGUGUUCUCGGGCGGAGGAGAUCUUUAACCUGCUGCAGGAGCUCAUGCAGUGCAACAGCAUCAACGUGGUGGAGGAACCUGUCCUAAUCACUCGCAGCGGGCACACCCCGGAGCUGGACCUGCCCUGUACACCACAGACACCCAACACUCCAGCAUACACAGUGCAGGGGUUCCCCAACGGAUAUCCAGGGUACCCCGUUAGUGCCGACUCCUCGCACCCCUCGUCUGGCCAGCCCUCGGUGGCUGACGAACAUGGCCACAGCCUGAUGGGCCUGGAUGAGCAGGCCCACACCUAUGUGAACACAGCCAGUGUGGAGGCGGAGAUCCGGGGACGGCACUGCGUGCACUCCCUGCCCGAGGUGCGUCCCACUCCCUUCCCCGAGCCCCCCAGGGGCGUGGCUCCCAGCAUGCACUGCUGCCCGCUGGAGGAGCGGGAGGACCCGCAGGUCUUCCUCCAGACGGCCUCCCAGGAGGCCAAGUUCAUGCUGGGCCCCACGCCCGCCCAGCGCCGCUUUCUGGAGCUGGAGAGAGAGAGGCGCGCCCAUCAUUCCCACGGGGGCGGGGCUUCGGAGCUGGAGGGCGGGGCCCACGCGCGGAACCAGCACCCCUACCACCACCACCAACACCACCACCACCACCUGCCUCAGCGCCAGUCCCACCCGGCCCCCGCCGAGCACCCGGGCGGCUGCCAGCUCACCCGCCUCACCUACGAGAACAUCAGCGGCCUGCGGGGGGGCGGGCGCAGGGGCGGGGCCGGGCGGAGCCGGGCGUGCCCCGCCUCCAUGUCCCACUCGGGCGGCUCCAGCAGCAGCAGCAGCGGCGGCGGGGGGGAGGGCCACUCCCACCCCCACGCCCACCCCCACCCCCACCCCCACCCGUUGCCCCCCCAGGCCUACGGCUGCGAGCGGGGCUGCCACCGCAAGACGGCCCUGCUCAACUACGAGAACCUGCCCUCGCUCCCCCCGGUGUGGGAGUACCGCGCCCUGCAGCGCGAGGAGGAGGAGGAGCAGGACGAGGAGGAGGAGGAGGAGGACGACGAAGAGGAGGAGCAGGAGGAGGACGAGGAGUACGAGGAAGAGGACUACGACGAGUACGAGUUCUCCGAGGGACCCGGCACGCCCAACGGCUACCACCAGGACGGCGACCGUCUCCACGGCGACGACAUGCGGAACUACGUCAACACGGAACGCGUGCAGCUGGGGUCCCGCCGCCCGGCCUGCCCCCCCCGCAGGCAGCAGUGCCCGGCGGGGGGGGGCGGAGCCGGCGGGCCCGGGGUCUUCAGCUUCGAUUUCCACCGCGGGGCGGGCAGGGGCGGGGCCGGGGGGGGCUGCGAGCACGGGCACCUGCCUCAGCCGCGCCAGCUCAACUACAUACAGGUGGACCUGGACGGCGAGCCGUCGCACCAGGACCCCGCCCAGGCCAGCCAGCUCCAGCCCCCGGCCCAGCCCACCCGCCGCAGCCAGUUCUACGCCGUCAUCGACCUGAAGAAGACCGCCGCCAUGUCCAACCUGCAGAAGGCCCUGCCCCGCGACGACGGGACGUCCCGCAAGACCCGCCACAACAGCACGGACCUGCCGCUCUGAGCACGAGAGAGAGAGAGAGAGACAUAGGGCAGACAUGAGAGAGAGAGAGAGACAGGACAGACGAGAGAGAGAGAGAGACAUAGGGCAGACAUGAGAGAGAGAGAG